CGCACUGGAGGAGCCCCUCCAGCCGGCAGGUAUAUAACCCGCAUGAGGCUGAUUGAGGCGUCAGUCCCCAUUGCCAUCCUGCACGGCGAGCUCUAAGCCCCUGCCCCAGCAUGCGCUCCUCGUGGGCGUGCCUCACCCUCCUGGCGGGCUGCGCCUGCGUCGCCGCCCAGUCCAACUCGUACCUGCCCCCGCGGAGGGGCGGCGGCGGCGGCUCGUUCGGGGGCGGCGCCGGCGGCGGAUACUCUGGAGGAGGCGGCGGCGGAUACUCUGGAGGCGGCGGCGGUGGAUACUCCGGGGGCGGAGGCGGCGGCGGUGGAUUCCGCGCUGGGGGCGGCGGCGGCGGCGGCGGACAGCAAAUUGGAAUAAUCUCCCUCAUCAACGAGAACAACGGAGACGGCACCUACAGAUACAGUUACGAGACCGAGAACGGCAUCCAGGCCCAGGAGCAGGGCCAGCUGCAGGACGACGGCGGCGAGGGCGUGCUGCGCGCGCAGGGCUCGUUCUCGUUCACGGCGCCCGACGACGGCCGCCGCUACUCCGUCACGUACACGGCCGACGAGAACGGCUUCCAGCCGCAGGGCGAGCACCUGCCCACGCCGCCGCCCAUCCCGCCGGAGAUCCAGCGCGCCAUCGCGCAGAACGCGGCGGACGAGGCGCGCGGCAUCGUGGACGACGGCCAGUACCGCGGCAGCGGCGGCAACGGCGGCGGCGCCGGCGGCCGAGGGGGCUACUCCGGCGGCGGCGGCAACGGCGGUUACUCCGGGGGCGGCGGCAACGGCGGUUACUCCGGGGGCGGCGGCAACGGCGGCUACUCCGGGGGCGGCGGCAACGGGGGCGGCAACGGCGGCUACCGAUACUGAACACCCACGACCCCCGAUCUCAGCAAUAUGAUGGAGGGAAGGUGAACGGGGCGGUCGCGGCGCGCAAGGAGGAGAAGACGCGCGAGUUAGAGUGGCCACUUCAGCCCGCGCCCCGACGGCCACUAGUCAAGGCACGGACUCCUCGGCGAGAUCGCCGCGUGGCCACCCUAUACUGGACCUCGCGAGGGCCUCGUCGGCGUCACCAUGUCUACAUCGCCGCCGCGGACGCGCAAGCCACAGUGCGUCGGAUUUUGCUGAAACGUCGAGCUGGCGCAGUCGAACCCGGGACUUCCCUGACUGUCUUUUUGGCUUUACUUUUUCCCUUUAGCUGUGAUGGGUACGCGCUGCGACCAACCAUUUAAGACUGUAGGCAGGAUGAACAAUAAAAUCAUAUUGUUGAAAACCUA